AUGGCGCUCCCUCCGGCAUUCACCAAGCUUCCGCUCGACGUCUACUACGACGCUCUCACGUUCCAGGAGCAGGACAAGCACGGCAAGGUCUGGCGUGAUAUCCUACAGCAGCUGCCAUUCUUUGGCCGGCCGCUCCUGGGUAACAGGCACGUCAAGUUCUCGAGCGGGCACGAUCCCUCCAAGACGCAGCUGGAACCCUUGGUCGGCGACGUCUCGCUGGCCAAGCUGCAGGCAAGGCUGGUCUUUGAUCGCGAGAUCACCCUUCUCCCCGAUCUGAGCUCCGUCAGCGACGGCAAGCUGUCUGCGGACGCCAUGGAUCGAUACUUGGCCGCAUUGAGCCAGCGCGUUCCACUGCUGUUCAUCGGCUUGCAAGGAAACCUCGCCAUCGAGCUCUUCCUGCAACGCCAGGUCAGCACCCACUUUCGGACUAUCGUCAAGAUCGUUCCGAGCACGUCGUUGAUCAUUACCGCCACCCCAUCCGAGCCGUUGCUGAGCAUUGCUGCCACGGAUCUCUUCCGGAAGCAACUGGGAAAAGCCGCACACGGUGUGCUACAUCGUUGGCGGGACUCAAUCCGGAUCAUCCGACGCUUCAGGAAGUUCUAUGGCUUCACGGCUGGCCUCGAUGGAGAGGAGAUGGCUCGACUGCUGCUGACGAUGGCCACCGAUAUUUCAUCCGUCGACGAGCUCGAAGCUGCAGCGGAAGCGAAGCGCAUUGCCCGCGACAGGAGCAAGGUCACGACGAAAUGCGUCGAUGGCGACAAGAGCGGGGGCCUGACGGAAAGCGGCGAAGAGGACGACAGCGAGAUCAGAGCCGAACUGUGGCGCAACGGCAUGACGCUGCAGCCUCUGACGCUGUGGUCAUGGCUCGUCGUGCUGCUGGGCGACGCAGUCGUCCGUGCCACGGCCUUUAGCGUGCCAGAGGGGCGGGCGAGCGCAACGCGGAGCAAGCGGGUCAAGUCGGACUUCGAGGCUUUCGCGCGUUCGGCCAGGAUCACGUUCACGCACUUUGUCCGGCUGCCCAACAACAUCCGCGACGUGAGCAAAAGGCAGCUGUCGCAAUGGUUCGCCGAGCACGUCGCCAUAUUCGGCGCUGAGAGGCAGGAAAGCUGGGAUCUUCUGAUUCCGGUCUACGUCGACGACAGUUGUAACGGCCCGGACACCAUCAUCGAUAUUACCAAGUUCUCCUUCGUCGUCAUCCAGGUGAAGAAUCGAAACGCUCUCGUACCGCCGGAAAAGACUAGGAUCGACCCACCCACGGUCCUCGAGGAGCCGCACGUCCAGGACUCUGGUUCGGCGACCCUCGCCGGUACCGACUCAUCGCGCGACGCCGAUGGUGCCAAGAGCAAUGCGCCAGAGCCGCUCGAGUAUCUGUCAAUCUUCAUGCAGCUCAAUGCCGUCUUGAGCCAGAGCCAGAAGGCCGUCUCGUACUCGUGCAGCCAGCGGGGCAAGAUGCGUGCCCACGAGCUCCAGGCCAUCGGCAUCGAGCAUGCAUUCGGCGAGAUGCUGAGGCGGCUCGAUAAACGUACGAUCGACGAUGCGUAUGUCCUUUUGGGAACCAAUCGCUCCACCCUAGUCUUUGAGGAAGAAGCGUACCAUCGACAGAAAGGCACCGACAUCGACCCUCGCGUCGCCUAUGGGCGCGCACACAAAAGCCCUCCAGGAGCGCCCGCUUGA